AUGGCUGAGGUUGGUGGUUGUUUGGUGGUGGGGGUUGUUACUAGGUUAGGAUUGGGUUUGGGUGGCAGUGAUGGGUUUAGCCACUAUUGGUUUUGGGUCUGGCAACCACCAGCUCGGCAGGUUCAAGCUUCAACAUUUUCUCACUCUUUUUUUUCUUCUCAUUUUCAUGGCAAUUUUUCAUGGAGGCCAAACAACUCCAAUCAGAGGAACAAUUUUACCCUCUACACAGAGCCGCAAUCACAAUCACACUCUCCAGCCUACCAAGCUCUUCUCAGAGCAGGUCCACGUGUCAGGCCCCUCCAACAAGUCCACGCUCAAAUCAUCGUCUUAGGCAAGUACCGAAAUCUAGCCAUUAUCACCAAGCUCCUCACGCUAGCUUGUGCUGCAGGCUCAAUAUCCUACACUCGCUGUCUCUUCCUCACUGUUCCAAGCCCAGACUCUUUUCUCUUCAACUCUCUCAUCAAAGGCUCCUCCAAAUUCGCCUUCUCAAACGACGCCAUCUUCUUCUACCGCCGGAUGCUCCUCGCGAAUAUUUCGCCUUCGAAUUAUACUUUCACGUCCGUGAUCAAAGCGUGUGCCGAUCUUUCUGCUUCCAGACUGGGUAGAGGGAUUCAUUCCCAUGUUUUGGUUUGUGGGUAUGGCUCGGAUUCAUUUGUUCAGGCUGCACUUGUUACAUUCUAUGCAAAGACUGGUGAUUUGGAAGUUGCCCGGAAAUUGUUUGAUAAAAUGCUGGAAAGAACGAUUGUGGCAUGGAAUUCGAUGAUUUCGGGGUACGAGCAAAAUGGGUUUUCAAAGGAAGCGGUUGGGUUGUUUUAUCAGAUGCGGGAGUGGGGCAUUAAGCCCGACUCGACAACGUUUGUGAGUGUAUUGUCGGCUUGUGCUCAGUUGGGGGCAAUUGGUUUGGGUUGUUGGGUACAUGAUUAUGUUAUUAGUAAUGGUUUUGACGUCAACGUGGUUCUUGGUACUUCUUUCAUUAAUAUGUUUUCUAGAUGUGGGAAUGUGGCCAAAGCUCGAGAAGUUUUUGAUUUGAUGAGUGAAUGGAAUGUUAUUGCUUGGACAGCUAUGAUUUCCGGGUAUGGAAUGCAUGGUUAUGGUAAAGAAGCAAUGGAGCUCUUUGGAAAAAUGAGAAUUCACGGUCCACGUCCUAAUAAUGUCACAUUUGUUGCUGUCCUGUCAGCAUGUGCUCAUGCAGGACUUAUUCAGGAAGGGCGCUGCGCCUUUGGAUCUAUGAGGAAAGAGUUUGGUUUGGUGCCUGGAGUGGAACAUCAUGUUUGCAUGGUUGAUAUGUUUGGGCGUGCUGGGCUUCUCACUGAUGCCCAUGCAUUUAUCAAAGAAUUGAAUCCUAGGGAGCUAACUCCAGCAAUUUGGACUGCAAUGCUUGGGGCUUGCAAGAUGCAUAAGAAUUUUGAUCUUGGAGUGGAAGUUGCUGAGCAUCUCUUAGCUGUAGAACCAGAAAAUCCAGGUCAUUAUGUUUUGCUUUCAAAUAUAUAUGCAGUGACUGGUAAGAUGGAUCGAGUGGAGUUGGUUAGAAACCUGAUGAUCCGAAGAGGCCUAAAGAAGCAAGUUGGCUAUAGCACAAUAGAGGUUGACCAGAAGACUUAUUUGUUUAGCAUGGGUGACAAGUCCCACCCCGAGACAAAUGAAGUUUAUCGGUAUUUAGACAAAUUGAUGUCGCGGUGUAGAGAAGCAGGAUAUGUACCAGCACCUGAGUCGGUGAUGCAUGAGUUGGAAGAAGAGGAGAGGGAAUAUGCUCUUAGAUACCAUAGUGAGAAGCUUGCAAUAGCGUUUGGGUUAUUGAAAACCAGCAGCGGUGUAGCCAUCAGGAUUGUGAAAAACCUUAGAAUGUGUGAGGAUUGUCAUUCAGCAAUUAAGUACAUCUCAAUUGUCUCUAACAGAGAAAUUAUCAUCCGGGAUAAGCUUCGUUUCCAUCACUUUAAUGAUGGUUCAUGUUCUUGUCUCGAUUACUGGUGAUGAAUCUAAUUGCUUGCUCAGGCUUGAGUGGCUUUACAAUUUCGCUACAUUGAUUAUCAUGGGGUAAGGUUCAUCAAGGCAGUCAAAGGUUUACCGAAUUACAAUUUUGCAGGCUGUAAAUCUGGUCUCAAACCAGAACAGAUUGGGUUUGGUGCUAUGAAAAAAGAAGUGGAGAAAGUUCUACUUAACAAGGAACGAUAUCAGAUCCAAGAAACCAAAGGCUAUAACAUAGCAUUAGUUGUUAUAUUGCCUAAUCUUUGCGUGUACCAUACAAUUGCCUAAGUGGAGUCAUCUAAAGCUCAUAGGUAGAAUAAAUCAACAAGGCUUAUUUGUUAUCAUUGCGAAGUGGACAAUAAUUUCAUUUCUAUAUAUUCGCAUAAAAAAAAAAAAAAUCUAUUUAGUUUUUGAAUUGUUAAAGUCCAAAAGAUAAAGCAUAUGCCACAGUUUAAUGAAUAUGCAUCAUUGUCAAAACAUAUUAGAUAGGUUAGUUUCAGCCUUUAACCAUCGUUUGUAGGAGAGAAGAUAUCAUUUGGUUAAAAAAUCAUUGUCAAUUAAUGUGUACAUACAUAGUUUUAUUACUAAAAUUAUUAGGCAUGGAGAAAUACCCUUUCCCCUUAGUUGUUUGUCCUAGCCAUGGAGGUGUUUUCUAAGCUUUUGCAGAAAGGAGUGGAAGAAUAUACUAAUUUUAAGCACCAUUCAAAGUGUGCUGCAUUAAAGCUUACUCAUUUGUGUUUUGCUGAGGACUUAACGGUGUUUCUGGGAGCUGAUGUACAGUCAGUUCCAGUGGUCCUAGAAGCUUUGGAUAAGUUUACAAGGUUAUUGUGGUUGAGAGAAAAUUUUACAAGGAGCGAAAUUUUUAUUGCAGCUACUCCUCCAAGUCUAAAAAAAAAUGAGAUUGAAUUUGCUCCAGUUCAAAGAAGGAAAGCUUCCUGUCAUAUACCUUGGGGUGCUUUUAAUUUCAGGGAAAUUAACAGAAAACAAACGAUUCCAAGCCACUCAUAGACAAGAUCACAGCAAGAACAGACUCAUGGGCAGCAAAAUCUCUCUCAUAUGCAGGCAGACUUCAAUUGAUACAAUCCUUCAUCUUCAGUCUUCAAGGGUACUGGUCCAGAAUGUUUAUCCUUCCCAAAAAGGUAAUCAAAGCUGUUGAACAAAAAUUGAGCAGUGUUUUAUGGAAUGGCUCAAAUACUUCAGCUUCUAGAGCCAAGGUAAAUUGGGAUAUGGUUUGUAAACCAAGGGAUGAAGGAGGUUUAGGUCUAAGGAAGAGCAGUGGAACAAGACUGCAAUUAUGGGCUUCAUUUGGAGCUUAUUUCCACAGGUGGGCUCCAUAUGGGAGGUUUAGGUCUAAGGAAACAGCUUUUGGGUGAUUUGAAGUCCUCAUGAUUGUACACGGUUGUGGAGAAAAAUUCUCAAGCUAAGAGAUAUCACUCGACCAUUUAUUAAAUAUACAUGGUAAAGCUAUUCUUCUAUGGUAUGAUUGGUGGCACCCUGAUGGCUGUCAUAGAGUGGUGUAAGAUGCAGCAAGCUCUCUUGAAGCUUAGGUGUCUAGAGUUUUGGAUAACGACAAUUGGAUUUGGAAUCCAGCUCGAUCUGAGGACUUGGUAAAUAUUCGGAGCAAGCUCAGUUUGGUUGAGAUUGGAAAUGAAGAGAAGCCAGUUUAGAUCACUGAGAAAUCAGGGAAACAUUCUUGUGUAGGUCCAUGGAACUGUAUAAAGAAGAAAUGCCCAAAAGUUAAAUGGUGGAAGAUGAUCUGGUUUCCCAUUGCUAUUCCUAAGCAUUCCUUUAUAGGCUGGCUAACAGUGCAGAACAGAUUGUCCACCAAAGAUUGGAUGUUGCAGCAAUGUGCUAAUUUGGAUGCUCAGUGUGUUCAGUGUGAUCCUUCUUGAAGAGAAUAUGGAGAACUUUAAUGAGCUGGUGCUUAAUAAAACACCCAAAAUUUUAUUGGCCGUGACUUGCAGUGAGAAUCAACUAGGAGGUAAGAGUUUGAAGCUUAUUGCUUGUAGAUUGGCAUUGUGGUCUAUUGUGUACCAUAUUCUAGAAUGCACGGACACUUCAUUUGGGGUGCUGUACUUGUGUUGUAACGGUGUCUAAUCUGUCGUAUCAUGUUAUAAUUUUUCAAAAAUUGCUUGUUUCUCCGUAUUGUACCCGUACCCGUACCUGUACUCGUGUCUGUGUCCAUGCAUCCUAGAUCAUAUUUGGCUUCAAAGGAAUGCUAUUAUUCACCAAGGUAGAGUACUUUCCGAAGAGGCUAUGGUCAAAAUGAUCAGGUGGGAAGUGAAGGUCAUAGCUGAAAGUAGUAGCUACUCUAAUUCUUUUUCAAAACAGGGCAAUUUGCUGUCUUUGGGGCAUUUCAGGUUCUAUACUAAUAGUAGUAGUUAAUGUCGUUGUA